UGGAGGUUGUUCGGGCAGAAACACAGAGAGGAUUUCUCACUGCUUUGAGAAGUAGAACUGGUUUUUCUGGGGAAGCGUUUUUGCUGCAAAGUCAUUGAUCUGACUGUCAAAACGCAGAGGAAAUUGCUGUUUUGAAAAAAGGAGAGAGAGACAUUUCAUUGAGAUCCAAACAUCUGUAAAGACACAGAACCCUGAAAACCUGACCCACAGGACUUUAAUAAUCAACUUGGCUUCAUCGGAGCUCCAGCAUGCCGCAGGUGGAGAUGAUCCUCUUCCUCGCCAGCAUCGUGGUGAUGUGUGUGUACGGACAGGACCCGGCUUCCAAGGUGGUGUCCGACCGAUACGCCGUCUUCUGGAACCGGACCAACCCCAAGUUUUACCGGGGUGAUUACCACAUCGACGUCUGCAUCAAUGAUUACCUCGAUGUCUACUGUCCACACUACAUUGGUCCGGUCUCCGACGACCGGGCAGAGCGCUACAUCCUCUACAUGGUGAACUACGACGGCUACAGCUCUUGUGACCACACCGCCAAGGGCUUCAAGCGCUGGGAGUGCAACAGGCCUCUGUCGCCGAACGGACCGCUGAAGUUCUCAGAGAAGUUCCAGCUCUUUACUCCCUUCUCCUUAGGCUUCGAGUUUCGCCCUGGCAGAGAGUAUUAUUAUAUCUCCUCGAUCACUGACGACAAGGGGAGGAGGAGCUGCCUUCGACUCAAAGUCUUCGUUAGGCCUCAAAACAAUUGUGUGAAAAGCCCUGGCACCGUGCAGGAAGGGGUCGAUUUUGACGACAACAGUCAAAACUCCCUAGAACCCAGAGAUGGCAUCGGUCACGAGUCGCCAGAGCCAGCUCGAAGGGACGUGAACUCAGUCGGACGGCACCGCACUUCGGUCCUCCUGCUCAGCUCUGCCCUCAUACUCCUGGCCGCCAUCUUGUCUUUAUAGCGCCCAGUCUGAGGAAUCCCCCAGGAAUGGACUGUCCUGAUCGGACCACAGGCCGUCCUACCCUGCAACCCUUCCCCUCAAGGAGCACUUUUUGAAAUCAGUUUUUGAAAAAAAUUAAAUAAACACUGACAAUCUCUCUAGCUGAAAAGAGAGAGGAAGGGACUUCGACAGUGAAGCCUUCGUUGUUUUUUGACCUGCCAACAAGAGUGAUUCUUGACUCUCUGAUGGGUGCCGAUGGUCAAGGCGCCCCGAGGUAAAAGAGGCGCAGUCUCUUACCUGUUGGCCUCGCUACCGUUCACAGUAUGCAGAUAAUAAAGACAAGCACACGUACAUGCUUUCAAACAUAUUCCCACGCAGAACACAAACUACACAGCCAGUGAGUCGACCCUUCAGCUUGGAUGGCAAAGAAGCACAGCAGGAUCACUCAAAAGUUUACAGACUUUUAACAUUUAGUUUUUUUUAGUUCAGGCAGACAUCAUCUAACCCCAAACACAGCCACAUGAUUAAAAUCUCAAAUCAAAGUAGAAGAGGUUUGGAAAAAGAUCCAGGAGCGACACAUCAUGUACAGGCCAACGGAAAGUAAAACAAGACGGAUGUUGUCGCUAAGAGACAGUUGCCGAGGGUGUGGGCCUUUUAUGACUUAACCUUCCUCUCAGGUUAUAAAGGAGUUGGAUGUUUAGAGAAAAUAAAUUUAGAAAAGCAUUCAUCUUUUAGUGUUUGGAUAGGGCCGAAUUAAAGAUCGAUUAAUGUGUUUGUUUUAGUUUUUUUAAUAAACCACCUAAUUCAAUUGUAGCAGCCAACACGGGUGUACAGUUAAAUAUUUGAAGUGGAUAUGGUAUUUUGCCAGGCAAAAUGUAUUUUCCUAUUUAUUGUGAAGUCCUUGUGCUUUUUUUCUGUUCUGGUUUAGUCUGUAAGUACAUUAGAAAGGCAAUAAAAAAACAAACAACUACACUUACCCAUUAAGUUAGUUCAUAUUACACCGUUGUUUUGAUACAAUCAUACAAAAACACUGAGAACGGUUUAUGUAUCUGUUUGGAUUGAUUGCUGAUAUGUUCUUUUAAAUGCUUUUAACAAAGUCCAGGAAGAAAACAAAAAAAAAGUCUGAUGUGCUAUCAGGGUGUAGUAAUCGUAGAAUAUUUCUGUUUCGAUUUUGUCAUUAAAAAUGUCACAAAUGUAGUUUUACUCUUUACACUAUUGCUUUUGUGAAUCACUGUCAUAACACAACUAUUGUAUAUAGAGACAAAUUUCCUACAAAGUUCAGGGAUGUGUCCAUGCUAAACAUGAGGUAAUGUUUUGUUAAUUUUUAAUCAGGAGGGUUACCAUUCCUCGACUCAAGCAGCACAAGUUUUCUGUGGCUAAAGAUGUUUCAGUGAGACAGUGACUGGGUUACAGAGCAGGUGGUAGUAGUGUGUGUCGGGCAGGGGGUUGGUGCGUGAUUCAGUUGCCCUCUUUGAUGUUGUGUAAAGCGGCGGGGGCACCGUCGUACCGGUUAUUUCUGGAAUGAAAAAAAAUCGACCACCAUCAGAGACGGCAUGAGCAGAGUGAGGUGUCCUGUUCUCUCAGGGCAAAGUGAAACUGCACAGGUGGACCUUAGAGAGCAAAGAAAAGGAGAGCAAGACAAGAAGCUUUGUAGUGAUCCUGUUGAGAUCAACAGUCACAUGUUCCAAGCAGGAAUAUAUUCUAUAUCAAGAUGUUUCUGGUGGAAUGGCAUGUCAUGGGCUGUGGUGAUAAUCACUUUUAAAUUAGUACAUAUUGCUCUUCUCCUUAAUUUAAAGCAACAUGGUUGUGAUUUUUUUUUCCAAUCGACCAAUCCUGACAAUGCAAAGCUUUGCUCUGCGCACUGACGUCCAAGGUCGGUCAGCCACACUUGACCAUGGCUCUUUUCCUCGCUCCGCUAUCAUUAGGCGCUGGGUUUGUUUGUUCUGGAUCUGCUCGCGCCUCUGAAGCUUCAAAAUCACUAUUGAAUGUAUAUAAAUGCCUGUAAUUAUGGACAAGCAAAGUUAGCAAGAGCAAAGCUACUUUUUCUGGUUUGCAAUUUGAGAGAGAGACGGAGUGAAGUGAUCAUAUUGUGAUCACGUAUACGGUGUUUUAAUGCAGCCUAAUGUAGUCACAAUAUUGUUGUUCUAACUUACAUAUUUUACGUUUCUGUUGAUACACAGAGCUAGUGUGAAAUUCGAUCACGGCUCAUAAAUGCUAGGGCCACUCUUAGGGUAAAUAAAACAAAGACUAAGUUGUCACUUCGAGGUAAAAGUCAUAAUGAGAACAGUCACAACUAUGAGAAUAUAUUCAAAUUUCAAAAACAAUGACAUAGUAGUAGAGUACAAUUCAAUUGUAUAAGGAAAAGUAAUGACGUACGGUGCAUUCACAUGGAAUCAUGCAGAUGGCAAACCAGAUAUCAUGGCAGGACGGUAAAAUUAGAUGCAACGGUAACGUUAGAUGGCUCUGCUGUCCAACGUUAGAACAUUUAAACUUUUUUACAAGCGGAUAUUACGUAGGUCUCUCACACAAAGCAACUUUUGUUUAAGUUUGCAUUAGAAUGAAUACAAGUAGAAAGCUGCUUUUUACAGCUACAUGCAUUACUACAAUUGCAUAAAGCAAUAGACAUGAACUUAUUUUAAGAAAUGUAUGUUAUUCCAUCACCAUAGCAACAUAGAUAGUCAUGCGUGUUUGUGUUUUGCCAUCCUGGCAUUUCUUUGGAUUGCUUGCGCCGUCUACAUGUUGAUUGUCCGAUUCCAUAUGAAUGCAGCACAAAGUAAAAUAACAGAAUCAAUAAUGAUAAUAUACAAUCUCAAGUUUUUUUUUAAUCAGAGGUCUCCCCAGAGCCACAGAACACAUACAACGUUUCCACAGGCUGGGCAGUCUCUCUGUGAUGAGUUAAUAGGAGUUGAUUUGUAAAAUAAGUGCUCUAGCCCUUUAAAAAAGGUAAUUAAUGCUCUCAAAUGUAUAUAUAAUUCCAUCAUUAUUGAUAUUUAUCCUCCAAUCCAAAGAACAUUCAUGUUCACUCAGUAUGAAAUCUAAUUUAAAAGGCCAUAGUGUAGCAUUUCGAGGGAUUUAUGAGAAGAAAUGGAAUAUAGUAUUCCUGUCUAUGAAACUAAGAAUCGUUGGUUUUGUUUUGUUAGAUGACAAUGAACCCUUCAAAUCUACAUAGGUAGCGACUUCUCUUCACUAUGUCCACCAUGUUCUACACACUGUCCCUUUAAGUUUUUGGAGCAAAUCAUUUUUAAUUGUAGAGCACAGAUUACCACUUAAUUAAACAUCUUGUCCUCCUCACACCUACCAGCCUCCAUGCAUUUUAGUUCACAUUAAGAGUCCACUGUCACUGUAAUUAAUGCUUCUAACAACGACGACAAAAAACAAUCAGUUAGUUUCGUGGAUACUGUGUAUCCAA